CGCGGAGGAGUUCGCCAGCCUGUCCGGCGAGGAGGCCCAGCAGCGGGCGCGCGAGCUGAAAGGCCAGGAGGACAGCACUUUCGGGGGCUUCGGCAGCAAGUGGAACGCCAUGCACGCGGUGCUGCGCGCGAAGUUCGCGCCCGGGAGCGCGCUGCACGCGGCGCUGCUGCUGACGGGCGACGCCUUCUUGCUGAACCACGAGGUCGCGUCGGGGCUGGACGAGGUCUGGUCGGACAACUUCGACGGCGAGGGCCAGAACCAGCUGGGCAUCCUGCUGAUGCUCGUCCGAGAUGAGCUCGGCGGCACCUACAAGUGGACGCAGUUCAUCGCUGACCUGUUCGACCUGGACGCCGGAAGGCCGAAGUCCUCGGCGGCGGCCGACAAGUGGCAGCACGCGGUUCGCGACGCUUGCGCGUCGCUUUCCCGCGAGGUCGACAGGACGCGAGGACUGCCCGCCGCGCGGCCCCACGCCGCCUUCCGCCACCAGCCGCCCUCGCCGGCGCCGCCCGCCAGCGAGGAGGCGCUGCUGCGGACGUCGGGCCGGAGCCCGCUGCCGCAGCCGAGUGCGCCGCACGCGCCGAGCGCGGAGUGGUGCCUCGGCUCCAUGUCUGACGUGCCGGACACACCCCGGGUCCCGCCGCCGGCCGAGAUGCGGAGGGUCAUCAUCCGCGGGAUGGAGCUCCGGGACGUGCUUCUGGAGCCGCCGCUGGCGAGCCACGUCCAGGACGUCCGCGAGUUCGAGGACGUCCCCGAGGCGCCGCCCCCCCCGAACCUGAUGACGCGCUCCUUGCUGCGGGUGCCCUCGGACGAGGUCCCGGGGUCGCCCGAGGACGCGAGACGACCUGGGCGCCGCGCACCUCCUCUGCCCGUGCCGCCGCCGUCGUGGAGCCUACACCUAGACAUCCUGCAGCCGGGAGGCGGCGCGUGGCCGCGGGGCCCGGCGUCGUCGCUGAUCCACCAGGGGCUCGAGUUCAGCAGCGCCAGGACCUCCCUCUCGCCGAGCGCCGCCGCGGAGGCUCGCACGGUGACGAGGCUGUGACGGCGCCCCCGGUGGUUUCACCAUCCCGUCGCUUCGCGGCCGCCCGGCCUAGGAGGGGAGAGCAGCGGUGUGGUGGGCGG